AAUCAAUCUCAACCGUCAAACCACAACAAACACCGAAACAUUACGGCGAAGCCGAAACCCUAACACUUCUUCCUCUCGGAGAAGGUAAAGAAAAAGAAGGGAAAUAAUAAUAAUAAUAAAAAAGAGCCGUAGCAUUCUGAGUUGAAACGCAAAUUAGGGCUAGCUUUGGGACUACUGCUCCGGAAUCUGAAAAUGGCCAAGAGAGAGAAGCAAAGAGGAAAGCUUGAUCGCGAAUUUGUGGAAGAAGACGAACGAAUUGGAAGCUCCGACAGGACUUCCUCGAAAUCUGCCGCCGCGGAGAGCAGCAGCGACGACGAGGAGGCAAACGAGGAUUUGAGCCUUAAAAUCGUCGAGAAAGCUCUGUUGAUGCGCGCCACCAGGUUGGUCGCCGACGAAAACGACAACGACAAUGACAACGUUGUCGUUUCGGUCGGACCUAAUGGAAUUGGCGACGGCGCGAAGGAAGAAGAACAGGAAGUUGUCUUGCCUCGAAAGACGAUAAUUAACAAGGUGAAAAAGAAGAAGGUUAAGAAGGUUGAAGCUGAAGACCAGAAUGUUGUCGUUGUGAAUCAAGAAGAGAAAUCCGAAGAAGAGAAACUGGAAAAAGAGAAACCGGAAGCCGUUCAGGUGGUAGCUGAGGCUGCAGAGUUGAACCCAGUUGAGACAGAGAGUAACAUUGUGAUGCGUAAACUUCUCCGUGGGCCAAGGUAUUUUGAUCCGCCGGAUAGUAGUUGGGGCACCUGCUAUAAUUGUGGUGAAGAGGGGCACGCGGCUGUGAACUGUACUUCAGCUAGGCGGAGGAAGCCAUGCUUCGUUUGUGGGAGUCUGGAGCACAAUGCAAAGCAAUGCCCAAAGGGACAAGAUUGCUUUAUCUGCAAAAAGGGCGGACACCGUGCUAAAGACUGUCCGGAUAAGUAUAAGGCUAGCUUCUUAAGAUCAAAAAUAUGUUUAAAGUGUGGAGACAGUGGGCAUGAUAUGUUUUCAUGCUGGAAUGAUUAUCAACAAGAUGAUCUUAAGUUGUCUAAGCAGGAGAUUCGUUGUUAUGUGUGCAAGUGUGUUGGGCAUUUAUGCUGCAUCAAGUAUGUAGAUUCUUGUCCAAAAGAAGUUUCUUGUUACAGAUGUGGUCAAGUGGGACAUACUGGUUUGUCAUGCACAAGGCUAAAUGGGGAAACCACAGGUACUGAGUCAGCCAACUCAUGUUAUAAUUGUGGGGAAGAAGGUCAUUUUGCUCGGGAGUGCACAAGUUCUGCCAAGAUGAACAAGAGGAAUCGGGAACCUUUCACCCCGAUUUUGAGAUCUCACCGUGAGCAGAAAUAUAAUAAGGCAGUCAAGUCUGCCCCUCACGUUCUUGGUCAGGCUCGUAAAAAGAAGAAAACCAAACAUGAAGGAAGUGACAUUAAAACUCCUAAAAAGUCAAAACAUAGAGGUGGGUGGAUAAUGGAUGAUCCUGAGGACUUCUCCUUUGAUAAUGGCAGAAAGAACAGUUGGAGGUCUCCGAAAACACCUUCUAGCAAGGGUCAAAGGAUUUCUAGUUUGACUGGUGGUGGUCAUAUAUCGACUUCUCAUUCCUCUAAACGAACAUGGAAGGCUCUUGGAACUCCGAAUUCCCAAGGACCAUUCCGUGGUUUUUAUAAUGAUCAUUAUGACCAUUAUAGAGGUGGGAAUAGAAGAAAUUACGAUGGAUUGUAGGAGUUCUUAUAAAUUGACGAGGAUAGUCAUUGAGAAGAAACAGCCGCAAAAGGUUUACAAUACACUGCUUUCAUGCCUGGUUCAUCAAGCCUUCUAAUGUUAGAGGAGAUCUGCUGUCUCCAUAUGCUGUCUCAGUUCCUGUCUCAUUAGUAAACAACAGCCACGUCCCUGAAGGUAGUUUUCCUCUAAACCUUGUUUGGCAAAGCAAAAACUGAUAAUUAGAAAGAAACCCACAAGAAUCCCAAAUGACUCGAACUUUCACAAAAAAAAAAAAAUGAACAGAAAAAAGAGAAAAGAAAACCCAAACGACUGGAGGGAUGGUGAUGUCGGCAAUUCUUCAAUUCCCUUCGUUAAUGAUGUUGCCCAAGACUUGGUGCGCUGAUUUUGUGGCCUUUUCUUUUUGGUUCUUUUAGUUGGCUUUGCAACUUGUUUAGUCGGGUGACAUCAUCGCUGAAAAGACGACCUUGAUAAAAAAAAUUUUGAAGGCAGACAUUGUGACUCCUUGCUAGGAUAUGCAUUUCAGAAUGUUCUAUUUCUAUCAAACUUCUUUUGAUUAAUAUACUUUUCAAGGCCUCUAAACAAGACUUAUUGGGAGUUUAUCUUAUGGACAAUGUGCUAAGUUUUAUGAACAGGACAGCUAUUGAGACAGCUUAAAGGGACAGCAGAUCUCACAUCUAUUUAUACAGUAGUUUCAAUCCAGGCCAGCAUGUUGGUCAAAAGCACUAC